AUGUUAGUUAUUGGACUCACUGGUGGUAUUGCAUGUGGUAAGAGUACUGUCUCUAGGAGAUUAAAGAACCAUCACAAGAUUCCAAUUGUUGAUGCAGACAAGUUGGCUAGAGAUGUUGUCCAACCUGGUGAAGAUGCCUAUAAUCAGAUUGUAGAACAUUUCCAACCAAAAAUUCAUCAUCUUGUCCUAGCUGAUAAUCAGCUAGAUAGGUCAGCUUUAGGUAAAUAUGUCUUCGAAAACCCUGAAGAGUUGAAAGUUUUGAAUGGUAUCACUCAUCCUGCUAUCAGAUACAAGAUAUUUAGUACUGUCUUCGACUAUUAUAUUAGAGGUUACAGUAUGUGUGUUGUCGAUGUGCCACUAUUGUUCGAAACGAACUUGGAUGUUUAUUGUGGGUUGGUAAUCACAGUUGUUUGUAAAAAUGAAAUCCAACUGCAAAGAUUGCUGGCAAGAAACUCUGACAUGACUUUGGAAGAAGCUGAAAAUCGUAUUAAUUCCCAAAUUUCAAACGAUGAACGUGUUGAGAGAUCAGAUUUCGUCUUGAGAAAUAAUUUCGAUAUCCCUUCCUUAUACAGUCAAAUCGAUACUGUCAUGGAAAAGGUAAGACCUUCUUUUGUAAGAACAGCCUUGGAAUAUUUCCCACCUUUUGGUGUCGUCAGUGCUGCCUCUGUAGUAAUUUCCAAAAGGUUUUUAAUUCGUUGGAGACGCAAGAGAUCCAAGCAUAUCAAAGCAACAGAAGUCGAAGAAGAUGGAGAAGGAGAUGUAUAUCGACCAAUUGAAACAAAUUAA